CCCUCGGCGCAAACGUGACUGCACAUUACAAUUCUAACACCAAACCCAUCCAAACUCUUCAAGUCAGCUUCCCUGCACUUCAAUGUACCCAAGCAGACCUCUCCUCCGAGUCUGCCGUGAAGAGUAUGUUCGAUGCGCUCUCGGAAACGCCGUUCGGCCCCAUCGUCGAUAUGACCAUUGAACAAUGGGACCACACCAUCGGCGCAAACCUCACCUCGAGCUUCCUGGUCUGCCGCGAAUUCUUGCGCCACAUGCGUGCAGCAACAGAAAGCGUGAAAGACAGGGCUGCAAUUGUGCUCAUCGGGAGCACAUCAGGCAAAUAUGGCGAGGCAAAUCAUGGCGAUUAUGCUAUCAGCAAGAGUGCGAUGAUGUAUGGUUUGACGACGACACUCAAAAGCGAGAUUGUGAAGAUCGCACCGAGGGGACGCGUGAAUUGUAUUGCACCUGGAUGGGUUCCGACGCCAAUGGUACAAGAGGCACUGAAUGAUCCGGCCGUCAGCGGACCUAUAUUAGCUGCCACUCCGUUGAAAAAAUUUGCGACGCCUCUCGACGUUGCAAACCAGAUAGCGAUACUGUCUUCAUCAGCGGUCUCAGGACAUGUAACUGGGCAGGUAAUCUUCGUAGAAGGCGGUUGUGUAGGAGACCUCUGAGUUAACUACGAGUGAGUGAUUUGAAAUGCAGGAUUUGUGGCUGGGUAUAGUACUCGAAAUAGUUUCGGGAAUUUCAUUUUCACCGCACGAAUUUUGCCCAGAGCGCACAAAUGAUUUGUAGUAUAGACGUGAGUAUUUCCAGCCAGACAUUGGGAUCUUUUUAGAAUGAAGAGUGUAUGCAGGAUGUUAAUUAAUUAAUAUUUAGCAUCAAUUAA